AUGUCUCCCUCGGCAUCUAUAUUUUCACCUGAUAUUGCUAUCAUUGGCGCCGGAAUUGCGGGGGUAACGUUGAGCAUCGCCAUCUCCAAACAGAAUCCUUCAUUGAAGCUCACCAUAUUCGAGCAACGACCAGAGUUUUCAGAGGUUGGGGCCGGAGUGGGCUUUGGGCCAAAUGCGGUCAAAGCCAUGAGCCUCAUCUCGCCUGAGCUGGGUGAGGCGUACAAGAACAUUGUGACGCUGAAUGGAUGUAAAGAGAAGCUAAAUACCGAUUUUGACGUCUUUUGCGGGGAUGGACUGGAGAAGGGUGAAUUUCUGGGCGAGGUCGUCGCGAGAGAAGAGAAGAUGAGGGUCUGCUUCCGCGAUGGCACCCAUGUGCUGGUUGAUGCAGUAAUUGGGUGCGAUGGAAUUCGAUCCGAGUGCCGCAAGAUCAUUCUUGGCUGCGACCACGAGUUUGCCAAUGCCGUGUACACUGGCAAAUUUGCUUACAGGGCUGUCCUCCCCAUGGAUAAGGCUGUCGAGGCAGUAGGUCGCAUUGCAGAGAAUCGACGCCUUAUCACUGGUCACGGGCGACAUAUCCUUUUCUUCCCCAUCAUGAAGAACCAUGGGCUCAAUAUUGCUGCUUUUGUCAAAGCUCCAGACGACGAGCCCUGGACCGACAAGCGGUGGGCCCUUCCAGCUACGAAGGAAGAUGUCUUGAGAGACUUCGAUGGGUUCCACGAGGAUUCCUACAGGCUGCUAGAGAUAAUUGAGAAGGUUGAUAAGUGGGGGCUCUUCAACCAUCUGCCUGCACCGACAUUUGUUGACGAAUCCGGCAAAUUUUGUAUCAUGGGCGACGCAGCUCACGCCUCCUCCCCACACUGUGGAGCUGGGGCUGGUUUCGCGAUCGAGGAUUCAUACAUUCUGUCGAGCAUGCUUCGCGAGGACUUCAUUAAGUCACCAUCUGACAUACAGCACGCUUUCAGAGCCUUCGAUGCCAUUCGAAGGCCACGAUCGCAAGAGCUCGUGUGGAGGUCGAGGAGGCAAGGCAGCCUAUUCUGCUUGCAGCUUUGCGAGGCUGCUGAUAUGAUCUCAGAUUUCGAGAGCAACAUGAGUUGGGUGUGGGAUGUGGACCUAGAUGCUAUGUUGAGAGAUGCAGAGGCCGAGUUUGAAAGGCUGCUGAAUGAGAGCUUGUGA